AUGACAUCCCAUCACGGUCAUGCCCGAGCGCAUGACCCUGACGCCGAGCUUUUUGAGGACGACGAGGAUCUCGCCGUCGACCCCCACAACCCAUACGAGUCUAGCACGAGGUGGCGACACGAGGAGUCCUCUGCAUACCGCAAGCAUGCAUCACUGCAGCCCCGGGCCGCCGAGGCCAAGACCGGCACCCAUGACCUGGCCGACUUCUUAAACUCCUCACGGCUCGCCCCCGACAAUACCUCACGGAGCCGUCCCGUCUCUGCUGUUCCAAGCAAGCAUAUGCCCAUCAUGGUCGAAGGACAAGCCCCAGAGGCCGCCGCCCUUGAUGCGCACGCUGAGGCGGAUGCCGCGCACAACCACCCCAAGGAUGGCAGGACAAUCGCCUGCGGGCCGCUGUUGAACUAUAGGCGCAUGGAGGGGACCUACUGGGUGGGCAGCGUCCUGAUCGUCACCACGGGCGGCGGCAAGACUCAAGACGUCGUCCCCACGCUGGCCCUGCGGAAGAUCGACGCGGCGCAUCAGCAAGCUCAGACGGAGGAGGUCAGCAACGGGACGGAUGGGCACACAAACGGCUUCGCGGGCGCUACCGACAUAGAGGGCUUGUGUCUCUACUCAGACCCUCGCAACACGUUCUGGAGGUUCGACUUGCGCUGCGAGAUGGGAGCUGCUGAAAGCAAAUGGGCAUACACCCUACCGGAGAUGCGCUUCAUCAGCAAGAAGAAACCGCAGGAGAACUUCUUUAAUGUCCCGGCUGUUACAGAGUCUAUGAGGAUCAUGUUCCACUCGUGCAACGGAUUCUCGGUGGGCACAGACGAGGCCGCCUGGAGCGGUCCCGCACUGUGGAACGACGUCCUGCGCCGACACGCCGAGGUGCCCUUCCAUGUUAUGAUAGGAGGUGGCGAUCAGGUGUACUGCGAUGGUAUACGUGUCAAUGGCCCGUUACGAGAGUGGACAGCCAUUGCCAAUCCCAAGAAGCGCCGAGAUUACCCGUUUCCAGAGAAGUUGAGAGCAGAGUGCGACGACUUUUACCUGAAAAAUUAUAUCCGGUGGUAUUCGACGGAGCCAUUCGCCUCAGCAAAUGGCCAGAUUCCCCAGGUCAAUAUCUUUGACGACCAUGACAUAAUCGAUGGCUACGGCUCUUAUGUCGACGAUUUCAUGAAAUGCGACGUCUUCCGCGGGAUUGGUGGGUGCGCCUUCAAGUACUACAUGCUGUUUCAACACCAUUUGCCGCCGUCUUCUUCCACCUACACCUCAGACGCUCCCCAGACGAUGACACAGUCCGGGGACGGCCAGGAUUCUGGUCUUGACCCACUCCAGCUGGUAGACACUUAUGUUGCGGCGCCUAUGGUGGAAUCGCAUUAUAUCGUGGGCGCAAAGCCUGGGCCCUAUAUGGCAGCGCGCUCGCACAAUGUCUUUGCCAGGUUGGGCGCCCGUAUCGCGCUUGUGGGAAUCGACGCGCGCACUGAGCGCACUCGGCACCGGGUCAACUAUCAGGAGACCUACGACCUGAUCUUUGGGCGGCUUACACAAGAACUCCGCGAAGCACAGGCUGCUGGUACGCCGUUCAAGCAUCUGAUCUUGCUUCUGGGCAUACCGAUCGCAUAUCCGCGUCUCACUUGGCUUGAAAACAUUUUCUCGAGCCCCAUUAUAGGCCCGAUUAAAUUCGCCAACCGGAGGUUUGGCCUAGGCGGUGGCCUCUUCAACCACUUUGAUGGCUCAGUGGAUUUGGCUGAUGAUCUCGACGAUCACUAUACGGCGAAAAAUCACAAGAAAGAACGAAAUUGGAUGAUUGAGACUUUCCAGAAAAUAUGCAAGCAAUUCUCUGUCCGUCUUACUAUUCUGGGCGGGGACGUUCAUCUUGCUGCGCUGGGUCGCUUCUACUCCAACCCCUCGCUCAAUAUCCCAUGCGAGAACGACCACCGAUACAUGGUCAAUGUGGUCUCCUCAGCUAUUGUGAACAAGCCGCCCCCUCAGGCUAUCGCCAAUCUCCUGGCCCGCCGCAACAAGAUCCACCACUUGAACCACGAGACCGAUGAGACACUCCUCAAACUUUUCAACAAAGACCCAGGCGACUCGGUCAAGACGGCGGCGCACAACCAAGUCACUAUGCCCAGCCGAAACUUUGCCAUGCUGACCGAGAACUCGCCAAAUAAUGCACCACGGGCACAGGAGCCACGGGCACAGGAGCCACGCCCACAGCCAUCCAGCCAGUUUUUACGUCCACACAACGUGAACGGCCACCUGCCUAUCCAGGCCGGAGAGACUGGCUGCGGCACGACGCACAAGGCCGCGCACCCGACAGAGCAUGGGCAGGGUAAUGACGGGAGUCUGGAUAUCUGCUUCCGUGUCGAGAUCGACCAGCACGAUCCCCAAGGCAGGACAGAGAACUACGGCCUAACAGUGCCGACGCUGACCAUGGCGCCUGGCACUGCUUAGGAGUUCAGCCGGUCGUGGGUCUGCCGGAACGGUGCAUUUUGGGCAGGGGGGUUGGGCAUUGCUUUAUGCUUGAUAAAUUUUCCUUCUGGCUUUCGGUUUCUAUUGAAAGGUUUUUCAUGUUCCAAAACAUUAUUGCUUAAUGAAUUAAACUUAUAUAAACAUAUUGCGCUUUGGUAUGAUAUCAAAGCCUAAACCUUUUUAUG